AUGGCGCCCUCCUUAUGUGCCCAGUGCAAGACCAACCGCGCCCUGAUACUCCGGCCCAAAGACCACACAAAACUCUGCCGAGCCUGUUUUCUCACCACCUUCGAAACCGAAAUCCACCACACCAUUACAGCGACUUCCCUCUUCACCCGCGGCGAGCGCAUUGCCAUCGGCGCCUCCGGCGGCAAAGACUCUACCGUCCUCGCAUCCGUGCUGAAGACGCUGAAUGAGCGCUACGACUAUGGUCUCGACCUGAUCCUACUUUCGAUCGACGAGGGUAUCAAGGGUUACAGAGAUGACAGUCUGGAGACGGUGAAGCGGAAUGCGGAGCAAUACGGAAUGGACCUGUGUAUAUUGGGAUACGAUGAGUUGUAUGGGUGGACGAUGGACCAGGUGGUAGAUCAGGUGGGAAAGAAGGGGAAUUGCACGUAUUGCGGGGUCUUCAGACGGCAGGCGCUGGAUCGGGGGGCUGCUCGUCUCGGUGUGAAGCAUGUCGUGACGGGGCACAAUGCGGAUGAUGUGGCGGAGACGGUGUUGAUGAACUUACUCCGAGGCGAUCUACCACGCUUAAGCAGGACGACGAGCAUCGUGACGAGCACACCAAGUCUAACCGCCGGUCCCGCCUCAAACACAAACAUCAAGCGCUCCAAGCCCCUCAAGUACGCCUACGAAAAGGAAAUCGUGCUCUACGCGCACCACAAGAACCUCGACUACUUCAGCACGGAAUGCAUCUACUCGCCCGAAGCCUUCCGCGGCAGCGCCCGCGCUCUGAUAAAGAACCUCGAGCGCGUCCGACCAAGCGCCAUCCUAGACGUCGUCCGCAGCGGCGAGGACAUGGCGAAGCUAGUCCCCGGCAGCGACGAAGGCUGCGGGGGGGUAUGCUCCAGCUCCGUCCCCGCAGGCGAAGAAGAAGAAGGUGGUUGCGGCAGCGCAAAUGGGCGGAGUGCAGGCGGCGAGAUGGCGAGUAUGGAGCAGCAACUAUCGCAAAACGAGACCGCCGCGGAGAACGGGCUCGAAGUCGAGAUCACUCCGUCCACAUCCUCCAAGAUCAAGAAGACUGCCGCACCGCUGCCUCUUACGGUGGGUAAGAGUCGGAAAGUACCAAAGGCGGGACACGCGUCGCGGAGAGAGCCAAAGAAGCAGGUCAUGGGCCAGUGUAAGAAGUGUGGGUAUCUGUCUAGUCAAGAGAUCUGUAAGGCGUGCGUGCUACUGGAGGGUUUGAAUAAGAACAGGCCGAAGAAUCAUAUUGAGGUUGGGUAUGAGCAAGAGAAGGAGAUUGACGGCGUGGCGGAAGCGGUCAAGGAGUUGGAUAUUGGCGCCGGAUGA